GAUGAGGAGGACACAAAUUCCUAUAACAAAAUACAAAACGGAAAUAUUAUAAGCAACAAACAUGGCAAUUCAUAUUUAUAGCGGGAAAAAUAAUUUGGAUCAAAAUUUUAAAAAUAGCAGAAUCCAAAGUGUCCCUUUUAAAAUUCAGGCGGACUGUGAUGCCCCAGUUUCUUCUUACUUUGAGCCCUACGUAAGGACUACCGAUUCAGAUAUCCUCACUGCAUCUUUUCGAGGGUAUCCCUUAAAGGGAAAGAAGUUGGACCUUUCUGAAGGUUAUGUUGGAUUAGUUCUGCAUGAGAGUGUUAAACCAACCAGAGAAAAAGAUGAAAGGAAGUUCCAUGUUGUCAAUAAAUUUAAUCAAAUCACUUAUUGGAACUGGGAUAAAAUACCAAGUAAGAAUGAUGUGUUUUUGAAAGCAAUGGAUUGGUUAGAUAUUGCUGAAGCGCUUCACAGUCCAAUAGUGGAAGAAUAAAAGAAGCAUUAUUGCAGAAGGAAGUUAAGAAACUUUGAAGUGCCUUGAUUCACUGUUGUGAUUAUUGUUACUUGAUAGAUAUUAAGGAAUCUUCAGAUUUAGUGCUAUUUCGACUAUAAUAAAUCAAUAUAUAUGACUUACUUACUAUGAAUUUGUAAAAAUAUACUUGUUUGUUUUUGUACCAAUCAUAUUUUAGGAGUACUUUUGCAUCAUGUGAAUUAAAAACUUAUUUUAAUAUA